AUGGAACAUGGCACCGGCUGGCGCCAUACUGUGAGAAAAUGGCCACCUAGUGAAGUGACUAACCACUGUCACAAGCUGGUCAUUCCAGAGGGACUGCCUGAUAAGAAGUUCGUUCUUGUUAUCGGCGAUUCCCAUUUACGAUCAUUUGUCGACGGCGUUGUUGAGAUGACAAGCGGCUGCAUCCAGUUUGGUUUCAUCUCCACUCCUGGUGCUGCUGCAGCCGACUUGCGACUCGAGGUUCUGAACGCCGUCGUACCUCGGGAGCCUGCUGUCUGCAUCAUGGCUCCUUCAAACAACCUUACGGCCAGUCGUAACCCAGAAGAAGCCGGACAGGAGUUUGAGCGGUACCUGUUGGCUGUCUGUAGUCGUUGGCCUAAGGUUUUUUGUACCGGCUUCAUACCCCGCUUGACCGAGCCCAGAGAGAAGCAGAACUUGUUUCAGCAAGAAUUCCACCGCAGGUCGGCAAAGCUAGGUAGGUAUUAUCCCGUUGCUGACUACUUUCCUCUGGGCCGUCUCAAUCUGUGGUGCCGUGAUGGCAUUCACCUUAGCGACAACCAUGGGAUGCAGAUGCUCAAGCAACUUAUAUGGGUGUUUUCCUAUAAGUUCAUGUACUUGUCAGCACCAAAGCCACUGGUGCAGAGUCAGGCAAGUCCUCCUUAUAAACAGAGAUUUCUGCCCCGUGUGGUGGUGAAGGGAGAGGAGCGUUCUCGUCCUUCUUCUCCACUCCCUACCGAAUGGACGCUUGUGAGAUCUGGCAGGAAGAGGAACCUCUCGGGAGAAUCGGACUGUUUGUCUGAUUCACCCAAGAAAAGAGUGGUUCAUCACCAGUGGGAUCACACUCCUGUGGCUUUAUCGGCGUGUGACAUCCCAUCCAAUCCUGUCCAUUUCUCACCUGCUAUCUUGGUGGCCAUGGAAACAGUCUCUCCAUCGGCUGUUCCAGAUGUUCACACCGGCACUGAGACAAAGCCUGUGGAACAUCCAAAAAAACCAACUGUCUCAAAGUCUAGGCGUGUGAGACAGAAGGUUUGUUAA